CGAGUCAGCCAGCAGUCGCCGCCAGUGCCAUUUCGAACGACAAACGCGUCGCAAUGCCUGAGCAACGUUCCACCAAGCCGAGAGGCAGCAGUCCCAGCAAUCGAUGCCGCAGCAGCGGCCUGAUCUUCACAAGCCUCUGGCUCAUGCUGCUCCUGCAGCUGGCUACGAAAACAGAGGGCUACCGAGCUAUCAUACCCAUCGACGAAGCUAAUCCCGGCAAAUGCAUUUAUCGUGGCGAUUUGCUGCCGGAGGGCAUCAACAACGGCAUUCCGCCCUGUCAGCGGCUUACUUGCAAUGCGGAUGGCUCCAUACUUAUCGAGGGCUGCGGCAAACUUCGCAUCGAUAAAUGCAAUCGAGGCGAACGCAUCUAUCCGUCGAAGCCCUUCCCGGAGUGCUGCCUGCUGCGCUACAAGUGCAAAAGGCCGGACGGAGUGCCCUUCUACAUUGAACGGAAUGCUGCCGAGGGAGCGUAGAUGAUCCAUAACAUAAGGCAGCCAUCUGGGAUCCAUCCGGAACUCAUUUCAAAUUCCAUUUGUCGCCCGCACCGGCAAACAAGCUAUGCUAAUUUAUUUUGUACAUUAUCCCACUUUGUAUAUCGAAUCAAGCAACUAUUCUUUUUUUUUACUCCACAUAAACAUACAUGAAAAAACAUA